AUGGCUAGAACUAAGCAAACUGCUAGAAAGUCUACCGGUGGUAAAGCUCCAAGAAAACAAUUGGCUUCAAAGGCUGCCAGAAAGUCUGCCAAACAACCAUCAACUGGUGGUUUGAAGAAGCCACACAGAUAUAAGCCAGGUACCGUUGCUUUGAGAGAAAUCAGAAAGUAUCAAAAGUCUACUGAAUUGUUGAUCAGAAAGUUGCCAUUCCAAAGAUUGGUCAGAGAAAUUGCUCAAGACUACAAGUCUGACUUGCGUUUCCAAUCUAAUGCUGUCUUGGCUCUCCAAGAAGCUUCCGAAGCUUAUCUUGUUUCCCUCUUUGAAGAUACUAACUUGUGUGCUAUCCACGCCAAGAGAGUUACUAUCAUGCAAAAGGAUAUGCAAUUGGCCAAGAGAAUUAGAGGUGAAAGAACUUAAAUUGAUCCUCCGAUUUAAUCACAUGAACAACAAAACACAAACCCUAGGCUGAAGUGAAAACUUCAAUUUGUAAAUUUAUUAAAAUUUGAAAAUUAUUUAAUUAA